AUGUCAGGCCCAAUGGGAGGGGACAGCCCUGUCCCCCCAGCAGAGGACAGCAGCAAGACUUCUCCAGAACUGUUUGUUUAUGCUAGUUUGAUCCAUUGUGAGCAGCUCAAAAGCAUGAAUAAAGGUGCAGAGAAUCUUCUAGAAUUGUGCCCUCAUCAGUGUGUUGAGAUGGAAAGCAGAUGUGAAAGCAAAGAGCUUGAUGUUGAAAUAAGGAAUCUGAUAGAGAAGAACAACACUUCCCAGUUGUAUGAGAACCCUGAAUCUAUUGCCCAAGAAUGUCUGAACAGUCAAAGAACUUCACAUUCCCUUAAGACCUGUAGUGAAACAAAUGUUCUAAGACAUUUUGGAUGUGCAUGGGCAGAUGUGAAUGAAAUGGAAGUUCCACCAGAGCAGUUAGAAUCAAAGCACAUAUUACUGACCAAAAAGAAGACUACAUCAGCUGAUUCUGAGGAACAACAGAUCCUCACACUGGAAAGACAGAGACGAGAGCUUCUGGAGGUGAACAAGCAAUGGGAUCAUCAAUUUAGAAGCAUGAAACAGCACUACGAAAAAAAGCUGACAGAAGUGAAAGCAAAACUGGACAUGUCACAGAGGAGAGUCAGUGAGCUGGAGGAAGAGAGGCAUCGAAAUCAUCCAGAAAUUGAGAGGUUGCGAGUCCUGGGCAGAGAAGGGCCGUUGCAGGAAACGAAAGAAAUUAAAAUCCUCACUGGAGCCCUCCAUGACAUGAAGGAAGAGAAUAAGGUCCUGAAGGAAAAAAAUGCCUCGAUGAUAAGAAGGAAAGAACACUAUGAAUGUGAAAUAAGUCGUCUCAAUAAGGCCCUUCUGGAUAUAUUGAAAAAGCAACAUUCCUCUGUUCUUGAGGCUCCUUCAGUGAAGUUGGACAGAAACAGCCUUGAGGACCUGGAAACCCAACUUGAAGUUCUCAAACAGCAGGUACAAAUAUAUGAAGAAGACUUCAGGAAGGAGAGAUCUGACAGAGAAAGACUUAAUGAAGAGAAAGAAGCACUGCAGAAAAUUAACAAGGGCUUACAGUCUCAACUGAGCAAACUGAAUUCUCAGAUUAAGACCUGUCUCAAAGAAAAGGAACAACUAGAGACGCAGUUACAGCAGCAGACAAAAGACCUCCCAGUAAAGAAUGAGCAGUCCAGAUUCCCACCUCCACUUUUUCUCUCACCACGUGUUAAUUAUGGAAACUGUGGAUUGCUUCUUCAUUAUCAGGAUCCUCGAGUACAUCCAGUGUCUCAUGGGACACAUGAACACCAACAGCACUCAGUCAGCCAGGCUGUCAGUGGUAUGUUCCUGACCAGUUUCCGCCAGAUGUGCAGCACAAGGCAAAUGGUACGUCCUCGGAGAAAGGAGCCCAUCCCUGACAACCUCUGACCUGGAGGAGUGUAGGCCAAAGGCUGCAAACUAGUUUUGCAACUUCAUUAUUCUGCUGUGUUUUGUUUUUUGCCCUUAGUUUUUUAU